UCAAAAUUGAAAAGAGCACGAACGGCAGAGUUCAUCCCGCCACUAUAGAGAAAUCACUCAAAAUAUGCCGGUUACUGUGAAUCACCGACGCCAUUGGAAGUAUUUGAUUUCAGUUUAUUUCUUUUUCUCACCACUACUUGGAUGUCUCCACUUCCUGUAAGUUUCAAUGAACCCUAACCUUCUAAUCCUAGCUUCAGACUGUUUGAUAUUAUAUUUGUUUGUUAAAACUUGACGAGGGUUUUUAUUUGAAAAUGAGUUGUUGGGGCCUUGGUAUUAUGUUUAUGUGAUUUGUGGGAUUGAAUGUAGCUGGGAAUUGUUUUGGGCGUGCAUUGGGCAGUGGCCAACAAGUUGCUAUUUCACAACAUUUAGGGCCAGAACACGAUUUCAUUAUCGAUUUGGAAUGAUUAGAAUCUAUAGUACGCUUUAGUCACCAAACUUGUAAUCUGUCUACGUGCCUUUAAAUUAUUCUCCCAAUUAUAAUUUUCUCUAAACUAUGCACAAAUGGGAACAUAUAUGUACAUGGUGAAAACAAUUCAAUUACUCUGAUUAAAGAUCCUAUUUUACUCUGAGAUGUGUGUACAUGGUGACCCUAUUUACUGCAUAGAUGCUGAAAAAUCCAGUCCACUUUCUCCCGCAAACAAUUUUGCAUCAAGAAACAGAUUCGUAGGCCCAAAAUGUAUCGAGGUCAAGACUGAAGAGAGAAAAAUCUCAGACUUCUAAAUUCGCUAUGUGCCAAUCGACAAACCGAGCUUGAAUUUCCUUGAACAGUAGCAGGAUGGUGGGCAAACGCCACCAUCUCUCAUACUCCUUGCCAUUACAAAAAAUUGAACUCUCAAUAAUCUAUCACAAAACCUAUAGCGCCUGAGCCUCAAUUCCCAAUAUCCCUUGGGAAUGUUAGGAAGUUUAAGUCAACAAAAUUUAGUAAUCUUAUCUUUGUGAGACUAGAUAGGCUUUUCUUCUACUCUGGUGGCUUUCCUUGUGUAUUAUCAUUCUUAUCUCUGUUCUCUAUAUUUUGAAGUGUAUUUUUCAUUUCAAUCUGGUGAAAGCAGAGUUCCUGCACCACCAGUUCAUUCUGUGCAUGGUAUAGUAACUAUUGGACUGUUAGAAUGUACUUUGGAAAGUCUCGAGUAUGACUUGUAUAACUUGUUUUAAACGCUUGGAGAUAAAAUGCCUUUUACUAAAGGAGGGACUAUUCUCAUUCAUAAAAUGGGAAUAUGAGAUGAUCAUAAAUUAUAGAUAAUUGUAGAGAUUGGUGAAUUCAUUAAUUUAUGCUCAUGUUAGAUUUUUUUAGCAUAUAAAUUUUUGCAGAAGUUUUGCAUGUUAUGUUGGAGUUAUUUCAUUGAUGUUUAUGCUUCAUAGUUUUUGCAAUUUCAAAGGUGUUUAUAAGAAAUUGUUCUGGAAAGUACGUGCUUCGUUUUCAAUUUCAGUUGCUUCUUUACGGUAAUGUAUUCAUUGACCUUUUCUAGUAGUGGCAUACAAUGGAAUGAACUAUGGACCAAAUGGAGUUGGAGGGAGUAUCAGAUCAAUCGGGUUCAGAACAAGAUGCAUAUUCUUCCAUUACUUGAAAUUGGAUUGGGUCAUGAAGUCCAAGAAGCUGCACAAGUAGUAGAGUCAAAAGCACAAGUAGCCAUGACUUGGGACUACUCAGUCUCACAGACUAAAAUAAAGCAUAUGGCAUGUAGCAAUUCGGUAUCCACUGACCAUGUUACAAGCUACAAAUCUUUUCCAAAUGCUUGCUUGCCAACAGAAGAUCACCAUGAUUGUGGGAUGUCUUCAAUAUGGGUUGAAUAUUUUGUACUAUUUUAAUAAGUUAUUUUUAGAGUAGUAAUCGAUACUUUUGGUAUAUUGCUAUCAACUUUUUGACUAGGCUAAUGAUGUUCUUAGUAAUCAUUUAGAUUAACUCUACAUUUUGGAAUAUUGUAUUUGAUUGCACUUAAUAUUUUUAUUCAUUCAAAUUAUGGAAAACAUGAUUAUAUUA